UGGUAGUUGAGUUCCACACAUGAACCAAGAAAGGUAGAUGAUCGAUACAAAGGGACCCUAGCUCCUAGUAAGAAACAAAGCUCUCCGAGCCUCAGGACAUCGAUCAUCUCUCUCUCUCCUCUCUCUAUCUCUCUCUCUCGGAGAAAGAGAAUUCAAUGGCUACUAUGACAGAUAAGAGCAAUAGGGAAGAAAUCAAGCCAAAGGGUUUGCUACCAAAUAAUCAAUCCAUUAAGAAGGAACUCAACAGAGGUUCAUGGACUGCAGAAGAAGACAGAAAAUUGGCUGAGGUUAUUGAAGUCCAUGGUGCAAAGAGGUGGAAGUCAAUUGCAGUGAAAGCAGGAUUAAAUCGUUGCGGUAAGAGUUGCAGGCUGAGAUGGCUGAAUUAUCUAAGACCUAAUAUCAAGAGAGGCAAUAUAUCAGAUCAAGAAGAGGACUUGAUCCUUAGGCUUCAUAAACUCCUAGGAAAUAGGUGGUCAUUGAUAGCUGGAAGGCUGCCAGGUCGAACCGAUAACGAGAUCAAGAACUACUGGAAUUCUCAUUUGAGCAAGAAAAUAAACCAAAGAGAUAAACAAAGUGGAAGCCCAACAGAAGAAGGGCCCUCCAAGUCUAAGAAAAGGAAGGCUGUAGAAAAGGUCAGUGAGGAGGUGAAGGAAGAGGCCACCUCUAAUGGUGGUGAGGACUCAAAUAUGACCAGCUUUGAUGUAGAUGAGUUCUUUGAUUUCACCAAUGAGAGCCCUUUGACUUUGGAGUGGGUAAGCAAAUUCCUUGAACUGGAUAAGGGUUUAUGUGAAUUUUCAUAAAAUUGUACACUUUGUUAUCUCCAUGAGCUUAAUAUUAGUAUUGAUGGGUCAUGAUCGAGCUCUUUGGUGUUCUAAAUUUGUAAACCACUACUGUUUGAUUACACCAAACCAUGUCAUUAUUGAACUUCAUCUUCUUCUCUUCCUCAUUCUUUGUACUUCAUGAUUACCAAACAGAGGCAGCUGAACAGAUGAUCGAUAAAAAGUAAUGUAUAUAUAUAUAUAUAUACACAAUGUAGUGUAGUUUAGUUUUUGGACUGUAGUUAACAAUUGAAGUAGAGAUUCUUUUUUGAUAUAUAUUUGUGAAAGGUGUUUACUUGAAAUACCAAAGGGGAACACAUAAAAGUAAAAAGGACUUGAGUUACAUUAUUGUGGACAGAUCGGUUUGGAGCACAAUAAGAUGAUGGGACAAAAGGCUACAGUGAAUGAUCAAUAUUAUCAUUUACAGAAAGAUUUUUCUGUGAAAUGUGUUCAAAUUCUUCUGAAAAUCACUCAUCCAAAAGACAAACUAAAUCAGCUCUAAUAAAGCAAACGAAUUACUCAUUAAAAAAAAAAAAAAAAAGAUUUUUU